UUGAUCAAUCUACUGUGUCAAAACCUAUAAGAACAUGUCAUAGACUUACUGACAAAUAUGACUCUAAUGAAGCAAUCCACAGUGAAGACCCACGGUAAACACUGGUUAUGGUUAUAACCAGUUAGAAAAUAGCAUUUAUUCAACUCUUGGGUGACAAAGAGUUCAAGAGCAGCAGACAAGGCUCCAUUGUGCUCAGAAAGCUGUCCUGCCAUGACAUCAGACAGUAACCCUGUGGAUAACACCAGCACAAAGCCUCACGUAUGGUCCAACAGCCAUGUACACUUGUCAAUUUGAUAUUCUUAAAUUCAGUACAACACUUUGGUAAAACUACACAAAAUCACAGAGGGGAGCAGCACUUCAACUUAAACACUGACUGGCUUUUCUUAGUCAACAAUCUUCACAAUGGCCACCAUUCAGCGCAGUGCUAUUGUCUGCCAUAAUAGGAGCCAGAGCCUGGCUUUUCUAUUGUGUCUGUCUGUGUAUGUUGUGUUUGUUUAUCUGAGCAGCAGGCUGAAUUUGGAUCCAGAGCACAGAUGAUGGAUAGUGAGUGGAUGAGUUUGUCUCUUUGGAUACUCUAAGUAAGGAGUGAUUUACAGCUUUGGAUUUAUUUCUUCCAUUAGUAAACCUCUUCAGCAUCUGUGGUAUCAAACCAGAGGCUCUAAAAUAACCAGACCAGAAAAAGACCCAGAAAGGGUGUCAGGAAGUGAGUUCAGAGCAUCGCAAGAGUCUGGCUGCAGCAGGUGUCUCACUCCAUCCCUCCACCAAGAACUCCAAAUAAAGCACAAUGGAAGGCACCAGAAGUUCUCUCUGGCUGUUUUUACUGCUCAGCCAGCUGCUGUUCUGUCCUAUUGAUGCAGACCAAGACCGUUCAACCAUGCAGCCAUAUUUGUAUAACACAGAAGAUCAAGGUGGCAGCUCAACCCCUGCUGUGGUGCCCAUCCUCACUACCACUGACCACACAAACUCUCCUGAUACAGAUAGCAAUGGCACUCGUGCUGACUGCUUGAUCAACACUGAGAUGGGUCUGAUUGCUAUAGGCUCAGCAGGGGGGCUGAUUGUCUGCCUGCUGGUUGCCACCGUGGUAUUGGCAUGCCAGGUCUGCCACAUUCAGCACAGGGUUUAUGCCCCCCGAACCUCCCGGUCCAACAUGGACUUGGUGAGCGGUGCAGUCUACUGGGGCAUUGACCGGCCGGAGGUUGGGGGACUGGUUGGGCCGUGUGAUGCCAGUGUCAUGCUUGAAGAGGUGAGAGCAGACAGCAAGAUGGAGGAAGAGAGGCAAGCUGAAAUACAAGAGGCAAGGGAGGAGGCUGGGGCAGGACUUGAGGAAGGGGCCACGGCAAUGGCUUUUGAUAUUGAAGAGAAGGCCUGUCAGAUGCAGAGCUCCAGCUGCAGGGAUUCCUGUCUGGAGGUUCCCAGGGAUCUAGAGGACAUGCCCCUUGUUGUGUGAGGAGGUAACCCCAACCUUGGUAAACAGCCCCAGAUACUUCACUCAAGACAAACUGCAAGCAGUCAGUUCAGCUGAUGAGUUGUGGUUAACUUGGCAUGUUUCAUUCAUUGUUAUUUCACCUCAGAAUUGAACUAAAACCUCAGUAAAAUGUAGGGCUGCCUGGGCAUCGUUUGAAAUUUGGAAUACUAGUGUCAAUACAAUACCAGAGUUUCUAUACCCAUAUCAAAAAAGGUCGUUUUUCGAUACCUUAAAUUGAGAAAUAUAAAUACAUUUUUCAACAAAACCCUUGAGUGAACAAACUACUAUAACAAACUACUAUAUCUAGUAGUAUAUAGUCUACAUCUGACAAUGCAUUCAACGGCAGUUUUGGUACUCAACAGUUUUUGAUACUCAAUGCUCAGUACCAAAACAGUAUUGUGGUUCAAUUCCCAGUCCUAGUAAUGUGUAUAUAUUUUGAUGUAUGAUGCUACAAGUGGAAUUUGUUCAAAAUAUCUAUACCAUUAGAGAAGAAAAAAAGUACAUAAAAAUACUCUAUUUAAAAUUACAAAUACUUUAGUUGAAAUAAUGACAAUAUUUUGUGAUAAAAAUAGUGCAGCUGACUGUACAAAUCCACUGUACCUAAUCUUUGGUCAAGAGUUACGCAGCAAAGAGGUCUUUCUUCAGAAACAAGAAACGAAAGAGGGAUGUGUAUAUUUUUCAUGAAAUGUUUCAGGAGAAUUAUUUAAAUAUAACUUUUAAACAUCUGACAUGCUAUAUAUUUUUUACACACUUGCUUAACAAAUUCAACACUUACUGUAAGACUGCUUGAUUUGGCUCAUUAUUCUUGUUUUACAACAUAACUGAGUGGACACAAUAACUUAAACAGACAAAAAGGUAGACCAACAACAACACACUUUUAAAGUAUCAAAAGAGAUCCCAAGAUCUAUUCCUAGAUCUCAUACUAGGGACCUCAUGUGCCAAAGCCAUGUUGAAAUGAUGGUCAGAAAGUUGAGUGCAAUAUCUGCUAACAGUCCUUGUUGUAUUAAUAAAUCUCUGUUGAACUUUGCUUUAGCUGUCUAUGAUCUCUUACCCAGGGUGGGAAAUUAGCAGAUAGUAGAUUGGUAGAUUUCAGACACAAACUAAUGAUUUACUAUUGAGUGCCUGGUGAAUUUGAACAUGUUUCUGUCAGCGGCUGGUAGAUGUUCACAUUUGUCCCACCCUGCUGUAUUGCAGACUUUCUACUACUACUGUUCUUUCAUAACUCUUGUGUACAUGAAAAAGUGCCUAUUAAAAUGGCAGGUUUUAAAUAAAUGGAUUUUUGCAUUGCG